GAAAAAAAUAUAUAUAGGUAUCAACGACCACCUCGAUCACAGUCCAACACCAUCACAUAUGGUCACCAGAAAAAAAUGAUACUGCGAUGACAACUUUGAACAGAAAGCUAGAUAUUUUCAAAUAGUAAAAAUGUUAUCCUCAUUACAUUUUCAGAGAAAUGCUACAGUUUUUUACACAAAAUAUCACUUUUUAUAUUUAUAUCAUAAUUAAAUAAAACUAUGAUUUUCUCAUUAAUAAAAGAAAUGCACUAAGGGGUAGAAUGGAAAGGACAUACAUGAUUGUUAUGUUGGGCACGACGACUAUAUAUAUAUAUAUACAUAUACAUGCAAGUACGUUGGAUGGAUAUGAUGAGGUCGAGAAUGAGGAGUGAGGCGGAGAAGAAGAAGAAGGUUGCACUGUUGGAGCUGCUGUUUUCAUUUGCGGACGGUGUGGACGUGGGUUUGAUGGUCCUGGGCACGCUCGGAGCCGUCGCCAAUGGCCUCUCCACCCCGCUCAUGACCCUCCUCUUCGCUCAACUCAUCCACACUUUUGCCACUAUUCAUCCUUCCCUUCUUCUUCAUCACAUCUCCCAGGUAUCCAUCAAGUAUGUUUAUCUUGCAAUCGGUUCUGGUAUAGCUUCUUUAUUACAAAUGUCGUGUUGGAUGGUUACCGGAGAGCGACAAGCGGCUCGUAUAAGAGGGUUGUACUUGCAAACAAUUCUGAGACAGGACAUUGCAUUCUUUGACAUUGAAACUACAUCCGGAGAGAUAGUAAGUAGAAUGUCUAGUGACACUAUUCUUAUUCAAGAAGCCAUUGGUGAAAAGGUUGGCAACUUCAUACAAUUUAUGUCAACAUUCAUUGGAGGCUUCACAAUUGCAUUUAUAAAAGGAUGGCUACUAGCGUUGAUUUUAGCUUCAUGCAUACCCAUCCUCGUUAUCGUGGGUGGAUUAACGACAUCUCUCAUGUCAAAGAUGUCAAGUCGUGGACAAGUUGCAUAUGCACAUGCCGGAAAUCUAGCAGUGCAGACAAUAAGAGGGAUUAGAACGGUUGCCUCCUUCACAGGAGAGAAAUUCGCAACCGAGAAAUAUGAUGACAAGCUCCAAAUUGCGUAUAGAUCAACGGUGCAACAAGGACUGGCUUCUGGUUUAGGACUUGGUCUUAUGUCACUGGUGGUUAAUUGUACUUAUGCUCUAGCUAUAUGGUAUGGUUCCAAGCUUAUAAUCCACAAUGGAUACGAAGGAGGAGAUGUGAUUAACAUUCUUUUAGCCAUCAUUACCGGAGGAGCGUCACUGGGCCAAACAAGUCCAUCUCUCAAUGCAUUUGCAGCAGGCCAGGCAGCAGCAUACAAAAUGUUUGAAACAAUACACCGAGAAACACACAUCAAUGUGCAUGACCCAAAUGGCAUUGAAAUGAAAGACAUGAGGGGUGAUAUUGAAUUUAAGGAUGUUUACUUCGCAUAUCCAGCAAGGAAAGAUGCACAAAUCUUUGCAGGAUUUUCUCUUCAUGUCCCAAGUGGCAAAGUUGCAGCUCUUGUUGGUCCUAGUGGAAGCGGAAAGUCUACCGUCAUCAAUUUGCUUGAAAGGUUUUAUGACCCCGAUUCAGGAGAAGUGAUCAUAGACCACAUUAAUAUCAAGAAUUUCAAGGUCAAGUGGUUAAGGGAGAAAAUAGGACUAGUCGGCCAAGAACCAUUCUUGUUCUCUACUACCAUAAAAGAGAACAUAGCAUACGGUAAGACAAAUGCUUCUGAUACAGAAAUCGCAAAGGCAAUAGAGCUCGCAAAUGCUGUUGAAUUCAUUGACAAGCUCCCUAAGGGGCUUGAUACAGUGGUGGGAGAAAACGGAACACAACUCUCGGGUGGACAAAAGCAAAGGAUUGCAAUAGCAAGGGCUAUUGUUAAAGACCCAAAAAUCCUUCUCCUAGAUGAAGCUACUAGUGCUCUGGAUGCAGAAUCAGAACGCGCUGUGCAAGGAGCACUUGACAAGCUUAUGAAGGACAAAACCACUAUUGUUAUUGCUCAUCGUUUGACUACGAUUCGAAAUGCCGAUAUAAUCAACGUACUGGAUAGUGGGAAACUUGUGGAACACGGAAGUCAUGAUGAGUUAAUCCAAGAUAGUUGUGGGGUAUACGCGCAGUUAGUAAGAUUGCAAGUACAGCAGGCAUAUAGAAAAGAUUCAGAAAUUACAAAUGUGGAUGAUGAUGAGUCAUCAACACAUGAGCCUCUCACGCUUACCGAUGAUCCAAUUCACACCCAAGAAGACCAAAUAAAAAAUGAAGAGCAAGAAAGAGUGGGUGAUGAUAAAGCAUUGAAGAAAAGGAACAUCAAUACCGCCGCCACGUGUUUCAGAAGGCUUGCUGCUCUUAACAAACCAGAGAUUCCAUAUUUGUUUGUGGGAGUAAUAGCUGCAUGCUUUCGAGGACUGAUCUUCCCCUUAUCGGGCACCCUACUCUCCAUAGCGAUCAAAGAGUUCUUUGAGCCUCAAGCAAAAUUGCAAAAAGAUUCCAUCUUCUGGGCAGUCAUGUACAUUCUUUUCGGCCUUUUUACUUUGCUAGUUGUGACCAUCCAUGAUUUCUUCUUUGGAGUUGCGGGUGGCAAAUUAAUUCAGAGAAUACGUUCAUUGACAUUCAAGAAAGUUGUCUACCAAGAGAUAGCCUGGUUCGAUCAUCCUUCAAACUCAAGUGGUUCUAUUGGGGCAAGAUUGUCUGUCGAUGCUUCCAGUGUUAGGAAGCUAGUAGGAGACGCUUUGGCACUUAUCAUUCAGAACAUAGCAGCCAUUUUGGCAGCCCUCAUAAUUGCCUUCACAUCCAAUUGGCUUCUGGCUAUAACUGUUCUCCUUGUGUUACCAUUUAUAGGAUUGCAAGGUUUUGUACAGAUGAAGUUUUACCAAGGCUUUAGCAGAGGCGUGAAAGAGAUGUAUGAAGAGGCGAGUCAAAUUGCAAAUGAUGCAGUUGGGAGUAUUAGAACGGUUGUAUCAUUUUGCGCAGAAGAGAAGGUUAUGCUGAUGUAUGAAAAGAAAUGUGAAGGCCCUUUGAAGGAAGGGAUCAAAGUAGGAAUUGUGAGCGGGAUGAGUUUAGGAAUUGGUUCUGCAGUUCUCUAUCUUGCAACUGCGUUUUGUUUCUAUGUAGGAGCCGUUCUUGUUGAACAUGACAAGGCCAGCUUUGCUCAAAUCUUUAAGGUUUUCUUUGCAUUGGCAACGACUGCAAAUGGGGUUUCUCAAGCUUCUAUCACAGCACCAGACCUUAGUAAGGCUUGGGAUUCAGCGGCCUCCAUAUUUGACAUUCUUGACAGAAAACCAAAGAUCGACAGUACUAGUGAGCAAGGUAUAGUUUUGGCUAACGUCCGGGGAGAAAUUGAGUUGCAGCACGUCAUUUUCCGAUAUCCAACUCGCCCUGAUACCUUGAUUUUCAAGGACUUGUGCCUAACCAUGCCCGCUGGAAAGACAUGUGCUCUAGUAGGAGAAAGUGGAUGUGGGAAAUCAAGUGUGAUUGUGCUAUUAGAAAGAUUUUAUGAUCCCGAUUCUGGAGAGGUGUUACUAGAUGGAGUUGCAAUCAGGAAACUGAAGUUGAGGUGGCUAAGGCAACAAAUGGGGGUGGUGAGCCAAGAGCCAGUGCUGUUGAACGAGACGAUUCGCGACAACAUAGUAUAUGGGAGCUGUUGCGGCAAUGUCACAGAGGAAGAGAUGAUGGAGGCGGCAAAUUCAUCCAAUGCGCACAACUUCAUCUCAGCGUUGCCUCAGGGGUACGAAACUGUGGUGGGGGAGAGAGGGGUGCAGCUAUCAGGAGGCCAAAAGCAGCGAAUAGCUAUUGCCCGGGCGAUUCUUAAGAACCCCAGAGUCCUUAUGCUGGAUGAGGCUACAAGUGCACUAGACAAUGAAUCUGAGCGUGUGGUGCAAGAGGCAUUAGAGCGAGUGAGUGUGAACCGGACCACUAUCAUCGUGGCGCAUCGUCUGUCCACUAUUGCAAGGGCAGACUUGAUUGUGGUGCUGAAGAAUGGAGUGGUCACAGAGAAGGGAAGACACGAUGAACUUAUGAGUAUCAAAGACGGAGUUUAUGCUUCCUUGCUGGCACUUCACACUCACACAACCUAACCUCAAUUUAAAUCUAUAUACACAUGCAUAAAUCUAUAUGUACAACUAACUAAUCCAACAAUCACGCAUUUAAUUUAAUAUAAUUAAUCAAUGCAACAACUCAAACACUUUCUUAUCCACAUAUAUCUGUACACUAUAUAUAUACAUAUAUAUACAUAUACAUAGUAUAAUACUCUGUACAAAAGUACUAAUAGGAAUUAAGGUGAGUCCUUAUUCUAUAUAUCCAAAUGUUACCAUCUUAAAUUGAAGACUCGUGAAAUAGCUAGCUAGGUUCAGCUAGGUUCAAUUAAAGUGAAUUAAGGGUGCGGCAUUAGACGUACUGCCAGUGGUGUUUUCACCAAUUCACGAUUUAUAUAUUGCUCUUGUACUAUAUAUAAUUCAGUUCUGAUAUUAAUCUCUCAACACCUU